AUGUCAUAUUACCAGUAAAGCGAAGUGAGAACAUUGUUGGAGGAGACAGGACGGUGGGCCAGCAAAACAGAAAAUCAGGUCGUUGCAGGAAAUGUGGUGGAUCUUGGCAACAUGUGGAGAUUUCAUUAUCUCUGCUACAAGAAUGGUGGAGGUGCCUUUCUGGUGCCAUAUUGUCUCUUAGCUGUGGUGUGUGGGAUACCAUUGUUCCUAAUGGAGACUUCAUUAGGUCAGUACACUCAAGAAGGAUUUAUCACCUGCUGGAGGAAACUGUGUCCACUGGCACAAGGAAUUGGAUAUGGAGCUUUCAUAAUGAAACUUUAUGACUUUAGCUACAUUUUAAUACAAGUCUGGGCUCUCUUCUACCUCGUGUUUUCAUUCAGCUCCCAGCUGCCAUGGGUCAGCUGUGAGAACACCUGGAAUACAGCUAACUGUCUUGGUCUUUACUCAUCUAACGGGACUGCAAAUCUAACCAACGCCACCUCUGCUGCAGUCGAGUUCUGGGAGCGUCGGAUGCUGGGUAUGUCUGCAGGUAUCGAGGAAAUGGGCGGUGUGAGGUGGGAGCUGGCUCUUUGUUUACUGGGCAGCUGGGUGUUCUGUUACUUCAGCAUUUGGAAAGGUGUCAGAUCUUCUGGAAAGGUAGCCUAUUUCACAGCCCCAUUUCCCUAUGUGAUACUCCUAAUACUGCUCAUUAGAGGGCUCACUUUACCAGGAGCAUGGGAAGGAAUUUACUUCUACCUGUAUCCAGAUGUGAACCAGCUGGCUAACCUUGAGGUCUGGAUUGAGGCAGGCUCUCAAAUAUUCUUCUCCUACAGCCUGACGAUGGGGACUCUAAAUGUUCUGGGCAGCUACAAUGAUUACAACAAUAACUGUUAUAAAGACUGCUUUUGGCUGUGUCUGCUGAACAGCGGAACCAGUUUUGUUGCUGGGUUUGUCGUCUUCUCUGUACUGGGAUUCAUGGCAGAGAAACAGGGUGUAACUGUGGAUGCUGUGGCUGAGUCAG